AUGUCUCCCGAAAGCGUCUCCUCUCUAUUCCCCCAGAGGCCGAUUCGUCCCUUGCCGAAACGUCGCUUGAGGGAACGCCUCUCUCCUGAGGUGGCGGACUCCAUCGAGUACCCCCCUGCGAACCACAACAGUAGCCCUCUGUUCUACUACCCAAAUAUUGUGCGAGAUGAGAUGCCCUUGAGGACAGGAGGCUUGAAUGGUGCGAGUCGAGGCAGUGGAGGGUACGGGGGAGCACCUCGAGGGACCCCGGCGAUUGGAGAGAGUGACGAGGAGGAAUUGGCGCUGAGCAGCAGCAAAGUUGUUCGGCGCUCGCAUCCAGAGAUCCUUAACCGCGUCUCAACGAAGCCUCCGAAACCGGAACACUUCAAGCACCCCAGCCCUCAGCCGCCUCCUUCGACAACAUCCUCAGCAGAUGGAUACGAAUCGUUCGAGAACACCAACAACAAGAAGAAAAGGAAGAUUCCGACUGCCGGAGACUCGUCGCUAUCUGGUGUACAUUCCCUGGGUGACAUCAACUCUAUAGGUGUAUCAACAGUGAUGUCUCCGUCAAACGACCACGGUGACUUCGCUGGAUCAAUAUCGCCGUCAUACUACGGGGCUGGAAGCUUUGUUGGAAACAACCAAGGUAUCUCAGGACCGGGAAGAGGCAGAUUCGGAAGAUCAAGAAAUGGCAGAAGUCCUCUCAGGGCUUUAUGCGACGCAACAAACAACUGGGUGGGCAGGGGAGCGAAGAUCCGGCCUCCUCAAUGGGCCACGCCAAACGAAAAUCCCGGCAUCAUUUCCAGUGCCAUCGCUAAUGCAGAAAAGGCUCCUUCGGCUCCCGGCCAGGAAAACGUGAGCCUUCUUCAUCAGCAAUCCUCCAGCGUCAAAUCUAGCCCUACUGCCACUCAGUUCACUUUCACUUGCGAUUCCCCAGUUCCAAAGCCUCACUGGCCUGGAACUGAUCCUGCGAUAUCCCAUCCCGGAUACCCCAGACAAGCCAGACACGCCUCGAUGGCGACACAGACUGCGCCAGACGCCGCCGGCACGGAGACUGGCUCAGGCGAUCCUGCGCCUGCUGGCAAAAAAGCUCCCCGGCCCAUGUCGAAGAAGAAGCGCCGUCAGCUUGCCGAGAAGGAACUGCGUAACGCAGCCAAGUCACGUCGUCAGGAAGCCGAAGAGAGAUACUACAAAAAUCCACCCAAGCUUGAAGAUAUGUGGAUUUGCGAAUUUUGCGAGUACGAGAGAAUCUUUGGCUCGCCUCCUUACGCCUUGAUUCGGCAAUACGAGAUCAAGGACAAGAAAGCCCGCGAAAAGGAUGAAGAGCGCAAGCGGCUUUUGGAGAAGGCCAAAACCAAGGGCAGGAAGGCCAGGAAGCAAGCCAAGUCGCCUGCCAAGACGGCAUCAUCUCAGAACCACGCCGAGAGCCAAAUCACUCAAGCUUCUGUGGGCCCUGACGAGAGCAACUCGAGUCCUGGCGAUGACUAUCUCGACGACUAUCCGAACGGCAACUAUCACAACGACGAAGAUUUUGAAGAUACAUACUCUCAAGACGAUCCGCCAAUGUUGCUCAGCGACGAUCCAGAUCAAGAGUGUACUUGCCCACAUACAACCUGCAGUGAUUGCGGCGGAGACCAGAAUGAGGUGGAUGAUCCUGGCGAGGCAGUUGACUGA